AUAUUUUCAUCAGGCACCGAAAAUUUGUUCCAAGGAAACAAAUAAUCACGUGUUACCACCAGUCACUUAUGUUUUUGUUUUGUCUUUUUUUUUUGCCAGAGUUGAAUUAGAAGUGCUCCAGCUGCCUCACUCCUCAGCUUACUCCCGCUUGCGAACACACAUACACACUUCCCGCCACCUGCACUCCUAAGAGGGUUAUACUCAUCAUGGCUGACACGGUGCAAUUCUACAUGGAGGAGAUGAUCCCCGAAAUGAGGGAUCUCGAGCAGAAGGGUAUCUUUUCCAAGAAAGAGAUUAAAUCUAUCCUUAAGAAGCGCGAAAAGUUCGAAUACGCACUCAAGCGCAGAAUUUCCAAGAAGGCCGACUUUCUUCGUUAUAUUGAAUACGAGAUGAACCUGGAGGCAUUGCGAAAGAAGCGGCGUGCCAGGAUGGUCUCGAAUACCAAGCAGUCGAUCUCGGACUAUGCUGGACCUCGUCGCAUCUACUUUAUCUACAAACGCUGUCUCACUAAGUUCAAGGGUGACAUCUCGAUCUGGCUUCAGUACAUAAAUUACGCAAAGAAGACAGGGGCAAGCAGGACUCUUGGCAAAAUCUUUGCACAGGCGAUCCAACUUCAUCCUAUGAAUGAAAAGAUGUGGAUUUUGGCUGCUGCGUGGGAAUGGGAAGAAAACGCAAACAUUGUUGCCGCCAGAGUCUUACUGCAGCGUGCGCUCCGCCUCAACGCCACUACAGAGACCCUUUGGCAUGAGUAUUUUCGCCUGGAGCUCGUGUAUAUCGCAAAGAUCCUUGCACGUCGCGAGGUGCUCGGAAUCGACGCAUCGCCGGAGGAAAUCGAGAAGAGUUUAUUGGAGAACAAGGAGGUUGACACAGACAACAUGAUCAAGCUGCCAAGCGUCACUGGAGAAGAGUUCGAGGCAUUUAUCAAGGACGCGGAGGAUGAGAGUGGAGAUGGAAAAUCGACUUCGAAUAAGAAACAGAAAUCUAAAAAUGGCAAAAAGGAGAAGGCACUGGAGCCCUUGACGGAAGAGAAGGCGGAGACGUACAGGGCUGAGGCGAAUCCUGUGCUUCGUGGAGAGGUCGCCAUGGUUGUUUACAGGAAUGCUGUUAAAGAGAUUCCUGACUCGUUCCCCUUCCGCAAGGGAUUCCUGGAUAUUGCCAAUUCGUUUAUCAAACCCAAACCUUUGAAGGAAAACUCAAUCCAGUACAUCUAUGACUCCAUUGAGCAGGACUUCAAGAACUUACCAGAGGCUCGCGCCCUUGUGGCCAGACGUGCCAUUGACGCCUACAAGGUCGAUGAGGAGGGCUACGCCAAAGGUGUUGCCGAGACAGUCAAAGAAUUUUGGCAGAUUUGCGAGAAUGGAGGUACCAAGACGUGGGAGCUUUUUGUUGAGAACAUGGAAGCUGAGUAUCAUAGGACUCAGGAAGAAAACUUGAAACUGUAUUUCUCGAAAAUGAUUGACAGGAUCAUUUCUUCCGCUAACAAGAAGAAGAUCCACUCAGAAAGACUGUAUCUGCUUCAAAUCAACUGGAUCCUUUCGACAUCAACACUGUCUGUCGAGACCACCUCCAAGAAUGUUCUUGCUAUCCUGGACAAAGCGGUCCCACAGUACCCCGAUUCCAGGACCCUCGUUCUGCAGCAGAUUCGGCUUUUGCGAUCGCUGUCCCAAUCGGAGCAAAUGACAAGUCUUCCAGUAAUUUUUGCUCAUGCUCUAAAAACUCACUCGGAGAGCUUUGAUAUAUGGCGCGAGUAUAUCUCAUUCAUUCGAACCGCAUACCGUGAGGGCGACAUGACCCAGGAGCAGGUUGAGGAGGCCUUCUUGGAAGCGAUCCACACUACGACAGCAUUACUACCCGAUGUUACAGAGGAGAGAGCAGAAAUUGGACAUAUCAAACAGGGUGUUGGUGCAUGGUUCCUGGACUGGAUAAAUGAGACCGAAGGCAUUACAGGAGUACGUCGUGUAUAUCAGUCAUUGAUGAAGAAAAGUCUACCAGAGCUGACCUUCUUCAUGACGUGCGUCCACCUGGAGAAGAAGAACUCUGUGGACGAAGUGGCUUCGAAAAAGGCAAUCGCAAUGCUUUACGAAAAGGCCAUUCAUGCCGACGAGAAGAACGAAGACACAUACCUGUCCUUCCUAAAGUACUUGAACGAGACUGGACAAAUUGAGGAGGCCAACAAGGUUCUGUGGAGAGCAGGCAAGGCUGUCGCCGAUAAGGAUGCUUUCUCUCAGCGGUACAACGAGAUGCUUGAGGGUCGAUGGACUGAGCCCUCGUUUGGAGCCGCGGAACUGGAUUUGGACAUGGGCAUGGAUCCACAAGACCCCGAUGAGAUCAUGUCAUCAUGAGAAGAGAAGCAUUUUAGAAAACAUAAUAAAAAAGCCCAGUCAUUAUUCUGCAU